AUGAUUGUGCUAUUAUUCUUCGCCUUGCUCUGGAUGGUGGAAGGAGUCUUUUCCCAGCUUCACUACACGGUCCAGGAGGAGCAGGAACAUGGCACUUUCGUGGGGAAUAUCGCUGAAGAUCUGGGCUUGGACAUUACAAAACUUUCGGCUCGCGGGUUUCAAACGGCGCCCAACUCUCGGACCCCUUACUUGGACCUCAACCUGGAGACCGGGGUGCUGUACGUGAACGAGAAGAUUGACCGCGAGCAAAUCUGCAAGCAGAGCCCCUCCUGCGUCCUGCACCUGGAGGUCUUCCUGGAAAACCCCCUGGAGCUGUUCCGGGUGGAGAUCGAGGUGUUGGACAUCAAUGACAACCCCCCCUCCUUCCCGGAGCCGGACCUGACCGUGGAGAUCUCUGAGAGCGCCACGCCGGGCACCCGCUUCCCCUUGGAGAGCGCAUUCGAUCCAGACGUGGGCACCAACUCCUUGCGCGACUACGAGAUCACCCCCAACAGCUACUUCUCCCUGGACGUGCAGACCCAGGGGGAUGGCAACCGAUUCGCCGAGCUGGUGCUGGAGAAGCCGCUGGACCGAGAGCAGCAAGCGGUGCACCGCUACGUGCUGACCGCGGUGGACGGGGGAGGAGGGGCCGGAGGAGGCGGCGCGGGAGGGGGCCUGCUCCCCCAGCAGCAGCGCACCGGCACGGCCCUACUCACCAUCCGAGUGCUGGACUCCAACGACAAUGUGCCCGCCUUCGACCAACCCGUCUACACUGUGUCUCUCCCAGAGAACUCACCGCCGGGCACGCUCGUGAUCCAGCUUAACGCCACGGACCCAGAUGAGGGCCAGAAUGGCGAGGUCGUGUACUCCUUCAGCAGCCACAUUUCGCCCCGGGCGCGGGAGCUCUUCGGUCUCUCUCCUCGCACUGGCCGACUGGAGGUGAGCGGCGAGCUGGACUACGAAGAGAGCCCGGUGUACCAAGUGUACGUACAAGCCAAGGACCUGGGCCCCAACGCCGUGCCCGCGCACUGCAAGGUGAUCGUGAGAGUGCUGGAUGCUAACGACAACGCGCCGGAGAUCAGCUUCAGCACCGUGAAGGAGGCGGUGAGCGAGGGCGCGGCGCCCGGCACGGUGGUGGCCUUGUUCAGCGUGACCGACCGCGACUCAGAGGAGAAUGGGCAGGUGCAGUGCGAGCUGCUGGGGGAUGUGCCGUUCCGCCUCAAGUCUUCCUUCAAAAACUACUAUACCAUCGUGACCGAGGCCCCUCUGGACCGAGAGGCGGGGGACUCCUACACCCUGACCGUGGUGGCUCGGGACCGGGGCGAGCCUGCGCUCUCCACCAGCAAGUCGAUCCAGGUGCAGGUGUCCGAUGUGAACGACAACGCACCGCGAUUCAGCCAGCCGGUCUACGACGUGUAUGUGACCGAAAACAAUGUGCCGGGCGCCUACAUCUACGCGGUGAGCGCCACAGACCGUGACGAGGGCGCCAACGCCCAGCUAGCCUACUCUAUCCUCGAGUGCCAGAUCCAGGGCAUGAGCGUCUUCACUUAUGUAUCCAUCAACUCCGAGAACGGCUACUUGUACGCCCUGCGCUCCUUCGACCACGAGCAGCUCAAGGACUUCAGCUUCCAGGUGGAAGCCCGGGACGCCGGCAGCCCCCAGGCGCUGGCUGGCAACGCCACUGUCAACAUCCUCAUCGUGGAUCAGAACGACAACGCCCCUGCCAUAGUGGCGCCCCUUCCGGGGCGCAACGGGACUCCGGCGCGCGAGGUGCUGCCCCGCUCGGCGGAGCCCGGUUACCUGCUGACCCGCGUAGCCGCGGUGGACGCGGACGACGGCGAGAACGCCCGGCUCACCUACAGCAUUGUGCGGGGUAACGAAAUGAACCUCUUCCGCAUGGAUUGGCGCACCGGGGAGCUCCGCACGGCGCGCCGGGUGCCGGCCAAGCGCGACCCCCAGCGGCCUUACGAGCUGGUGAUCGAGGUGCGCGACCACGGGCAACCUCCCCUGUCCUCCACCGCCACCCUGGUGGUGCAGCUGGUGGAUGGCGCUGUCGAGCCCCAGGGCGGGGGCGGGGGCGGGGGUGGGGGGUCAGGGGAGCACCAGCGCCCCAGCCGCUCUGGCGGCGGGGAGACCUCGCUGGACCUCACCCUCAUCCUCAUCAUCGCGCUGGGCUCGGUGUCCUUCAUCUUCCUGCUGGCCAUGAUCGUGCUAGCCGUGCGUUGCCAAAAGGAGAAGAAGCUCAACAUCUACACGUGUCUGGCCAGCGACUGCUGCCUCUGCUGCUGCUGCUGCAGCGGGGGCGGCUCGACCUGCUGCGGCCGCCAAGCCCGGGCGCGCAAGAAGAAACUCAGCAAGUCGGACAUCAUGCUGGUGCAAAGCUCCAACGUACCCAGUAACCCGGCCCAAGUGCCGGUGGAGGAGUCCGGGGGCUUUGGCUCCCAUCACCACAACCAGAAUUACUGCUACCAGGUCUGCCUGACCCCCGAGUCUGCCAAGACCGACCUGAUGUUCCUUAAACCCUGCAGCCCUUCGCGGAGUACGGACACUGAGCACAACCCUUGCGGGGCCAUCGUCACCGGCUACACAGACCAGCAGCCCGACAUCAUCUCCAACGGAAGCAUUUUGUCCAACGAGACUAAACACCAGCGAGCAGAGCUCAGCUAUCUAGUUGACAGACCUCGCCGAGUUAACAGUUCUGCAUUCCAGGAAGCCGACAUAGUAAGCUCUAAGGACAGUGGCCAUGGAGACAGUGAACAGGGAGAUAGUGAUCACGAUGCCACCAACCGAGGCCAGUCAGCUGGUAUGGAUCUCUUCUCCAACUGCACCGAGGAAUGUAAAGCCCUGGGCCACUCAGAUCGGUGCUGGAUGCCUUCAUUUGUCCCUUCUGAUGGACGCCAGGCUGCUGAUUAUCGUAGCAAUCUGCAUGUUCCUGGCAUGGACUCUGUUCCAGACACUGAGGUGUUUGAAACUCCAGAAGCCCAGCCUGGGGCGGAGAGGUCCUUCUCCACCUUCGGCAAAGAGAAGGCCCUUCACAGCACCCUGGAGAGGAAAGAGCUGGAUGGACUGCUGUCUAAUACACGAGCGCCUUACAAACCACCAUAUUUGAAUCAUUUUCAUCCUCUUUCUUAUUUUGUACAUUGGAAGUAA